UGCCCACAGGAUGGGAGCCUGGGGGCUGGGAGCCCGGCCAUGAGGGAUUACUGCUCCUCCCCACAAAAGGCCAGCCCUGAACCCCCCAGGCACACCCCUGCCCCAAGCCCAGGCAUGGACUCUAGACACAGCAACCCCAGUGGAACUGGGGAAGGGGCCUCCUGCUCUGAGGAUCCUGGCAGGAGUUUGGCCUGCCCAUCUCUGACCUGCAUCCCUCCCCAAGAGGCAGCCACGAAAGAGACAGUGGGAGCACUUGGAGCCUCGAUCUCAGGGACACCAGAAGUCACCUCCUCUGGGAAGCCAGAGCAUGUGUCCUCGGCGAAAACUGACCCCUCAUCCUCGGAGAGCAGAAAGCCUAUGUCCUUGGAGAAGCUGGACUCCACGCCUUCAAAGCAGGCAGAUUCCACUGGCAGAGAAAAGGAAGAUGCCGGGUCCUUGAGAAAGGCAGGUCCCAUGUUCAUCGGAAAGACAGAGCCUGCCAUCUUGGGAAAGGGGGAUCCGGUGGCUUCUGGAAGGAUGGAUCCUGGAACCCCAAAAAAGGAAGAUCCUGUAUCCUCGGCCAAAGUGGGCCCUGCGUGCCCAAGACAGGAGGAGCCCGGGUGUUCAGGACAGAAGCUCCUUGUGUCCCCAGAAGAGGUGGGUUCUGCACCGGCGGGCGAGGCAGAUCUUGUGUCCCUGGGAAGGAGAGACCCUGGGCCCGCAGGGAAGGAGGACCCCAGGUCCCUGGAAUACACCCCGCCUGCAACUGCAGGAAAGACAGAUCCUGGCUCCUUGGCAAUGCUGACUCCAAGGUCGCCGGUCAACAUGGAGCCUGUGUCCCAUGGAACAGUGGCUCCGGGGGCGACAGGAAGGGGCCGGCCCGUGGAGAUGACAGAUCCUGUAUCCAUGGGAAAUGCGGACACGGUGUCCUCUACAGAAGAGGACCCUCGGUUCCUGGGAAUGAUGGCGCCCUCCUCCUCAGGAAAGGGAGCUCCCACGUCUGUGAGCAUGACAACAGCCGGGCCUGCUGGGCAGGUGGAUGCUGGCUCGUUGAGCAAGGUGGGUCCAGUGCCUCUGGGGAAGGUGGAUCCUGUGUCCUCGGAAAAGCCAGAGCCCCUGUCUCCCGGGCAGGCUGAACUGGCAUCUGUGGGAAAGACAGGAGCUGUAUCCCCAGAAAAGGAGGACUCGGUGUCUUCCCGAAAAGUGGACCCCCCCAUUUCUGUGGGAAACAGAAAAACAUCGCCUGCUGGGAAAGUGAACCCUGAAUCUUUAGGAAAGACAGACCCUGUGCCCUCGGUCCCAGGGGACCCCACGUUCUUGGGAACAGCGGGACCCUCCUCUUCUGUAAAAACUGGGGCAGUGGCUCAGGGGGAAGCAGCACCGCUGUCCUCAGAGAGAGCAGGCCCUGUGGCCUCUGGAAAGGUGGGUCCCUCCACCUCAGGGAAGGCCGACCCCGCCCUGGGCAGGGUGGACCCUGGGAGCAGGGGCGAAGCGGACUCCGUGUCUUCAGGAAAGGUGGCGCCCCCAGCUUUAGGGAAAACAGCCCUGGCACCCGCGGGAAAAGCCGAUGCCGGCCCGGAGGGAAAGGUGGGUGCUCGGCCUCCCGAGAAGGGGAAUCCUGUGAACUCCACAAAGGUGGGCCCCGGGGCCUCGGGGAACGCAGACACAAAGCGCCCUGCGCAUGAGGGGCCCCCUGCGUCAGGAAACGCAGAGGCUGCGUCUCUGCAGAAGGAGCAGCCACUGGCCCUGGAGAGGGAGGAUCCUGGAGCCUCAGGAAAGGCAGGCCCUGUUGCCUCCGGGAAGGUGGAGCCUGUGGCCCUGGGGAAGGCCGACCCUGCGCCACCCCCGGGAAGAGCAGAGCCCCCGUCCUUGGGGAAUGUGCCCCCUCCGGCUCUGGAGCAGGCGGAGGCCCCCUCCGGGCGCAGGAAAUCAGAUGGUAAAGCCUGCGGCUCAGCCACUUCUCCCUCGGUCGCGGUUGCCGGGAGCGGCGGGGGCCUCGCGCAGCCAGCGCCGGCGGUCAGCACGGAGGCCUGCAGCCUGGGCCGGGAGGACCCCGCGGCCGCCGGGGCCCGGGGCAGCCCUGGCCCGGAAGCCGAUGCCCCCGCGCCGGGCCCGCGGACUCGUGACAACUUCACUAAGGCGCCGUCGUGGGAUGCAGGUGCCCCGCCGCCGCGCGAGGACGCGGGCACGCAGGCGGGCGCGCAAGCCUGCGUGUCGGUCGCGGUGAGCCCCAUGUCUCCGCAGGAUGGCGCGAGCGGCCCGGCCUUCAGCUUCCAGGCGGCGCCGCGCGCGCCCAGCCCUGCGCCCAGGCCGCCCUCGCGUCGGGACGCGGGCCUGCAGGUGUCGCUGGGGGCCGCCGAGACGCGCUCUGUCGCCACUGGACCCAUGACGCCGCAGGCCGCCGUACCGUCCACCGCGCCGCCCGCCUUCCCCGAGGUGCGGGUGCGGCCGGGCUCGGCGCUGGCUGCCGCCAUGGCGCCCCCGGAGGCGGCCGAGCCGGUGCGCGACGUGAGCUGGGACGAAAAGGGCAUGACGUGGGAGGUGUACGGCGCCUCCAUGGAGGUGGAGGUGCUGGGCAUGGCCAUCCAGAAACAUCUGGAGCGACAGAUCGAGGAGCACGGCCGCCAAGGAGCACCUGCACUGCCCGCAGCCGCCCGCCUGGGCCCUGGCCGCGCAGGUUCGGUGCGUGCUGCGCCCCCCGAGGGUGCCGCCAAGCGCCCGCCAGGCCUCUUCCGCGCGCUGCUGCAGAGCGUGCGCCGGCCCCGGUGCUGCUCACGAGCCGGACCCACGGCCGAGUGAUCAGCUCCCCUUUUGUACGCCCGGGUUUCCACCCUUCUCAGGCUCCCUUCUUGACCCCAGAUCCCUGGAAGGGAUCCCUUGGACACGCCACAGGCCUCCAAGGUAUGGGCAGCCUCAUCUAGGGCCUUCUCAUCCUCUUUUUCCCAGCUCCCGCCCCUCCCACACAAAUGAACCCUCUCUACCCAGCUCCCUCCUGGCCAUGAGUCCAGGAGCCCAGCCCUGACUCCCUACUGUCCCCUCACAGCUCUCAGCUCCACUCCCUCCCAGUCACAUUGGGCGACCUCAGGGACCUGCUCAGUACCCCAGCCCUGAGCGCGGAGAGCUGGUGGACUGUCAGUGUCAGCCAGGUCCCCAGAAUGAGAGAGACUGUGCAUAAGCUCCAAGUGUGCAAGGAUUGGUGUGUGAGGCCCCGGAGUGUGCAAGGCUCUGAAUGUGAGGCCCUGGGCGUGUGUGAAAUUGUGUCCUCCCCACGGGCUUUCCCCAUGGCCCAGGCAUCUCUUGCAUGCUGGUAGUCACCCCCAAUUCCUGUCUCUCCCUCACCUGGCCCAACUCCCAGCCCUACGUCCACCCUCGCAGAACACUCCUUACAAUCCCCUGAUGGGGGAGGCAGCUGCAGGAGUGCCCUGGCACUGCAGUUGAAAGGAGAGUCACAGAAGGGUCAGAGGGUCUCGGACAGGUCUGGGUUACAGGUCUUGGGCCACAGGCAGACUGAGUGGCAGCUGGUCUUGGGUAUUGGGGCGGAACGGAGAGCUCAUUCUACAACCACGGUUGUCCUUUAAAGGCCUCCCUCUCCAGCCUCUUGUACCCCCUGUGCUGUGAGCCCCACAAGUCUCUGAAGACCACUCAGAACACCUAGUCCCCUCCCCCCCACCCUUGGUUUUUGGCUACAAACUGUCACAGUAUACAUUGGUAAUAAAAUG